AGCCGCGUGCUGCGCUGCAUUCUGUUGUUAUGUGAACGAUUGGCUGAGCCUUGGAUACAGCCAGUAUUGCUACAAACGCGCAUCAUUCGUGCAUUUACAGCCAGUAGUGAUCCAACCCCCCCCCCCAAAAAAACUUUUCUCAUCGGAUCUACACGAAUUACAACCACAUAGUUCAUGUCAGUUCUGACUGGACAUGCUUCUCAGUGAUCUGAACCAUGAGGGAUCAGGUCGGCCCUCAUUCCCUUUGCCUUCUGCAGAGCCUCAUCCGUAGGCUUCUGGCUGUACUCCACUCUCUUACUGGCGUCCAGAAAGACACACACAAACACACAGUCAAAGUGUCAUCACCACAGCAUAUUACAGGGUCAAGUCAUGGACAUUUUUUAUAUUUUCUCUGCCUGCUGUAAAUCAAAUUACUAUAUGUAAAUAUUAACUGUCAAAUAAUGUCAAUGUUUACUUUUGGAUUGCCUGGUGCAACAUACAAGAUAACAAAAACCACAAUGACAUGGCUAAAUGUGUUUCUAAACAACUGGAGACCGGGGUUGGAAGGAGAGAACACUCCUGGAAAGGAGAUAUGCUGUCUUCAGGGGAUUUUCUCUUUAAUAUAUUUAUUUCACAUUAGCUGAUGUAAGUCAGUGGAACUAUUCCUUUUAUGGGCUAUCAUAGGAUAAUUUGUGUGUCUGUUAGGAAGAACAGUUACUGUUAUAACUCAUUCUAUAACUACUUAUUUGAAAUCUAAUAUGCCUACUUAGUUCUUUGAAAAUAAAUCACAAAUAAAUGCAUUUUUGUAGGCAUUCAUGUAUCAUGUAGGUAGUCUAUGUCAUGGACAUGUUGAUUGUAAGUCAUAAAAUGACUAGGAUAUAUUGAAAUUUGCCUCUUCCCUCAAUUAUUUUGUAAUUUUAGUAGUGUGCAAGCAGAUAUGGUAAGGAGGCUCUCAAUAGCUCAUAAACACAUAUCUUGCCUAUUGUUUGCCUACUGUAAGAUGACUGUCUGCAACUAGUCAGCCACAACCACCUUUUAGAUUUUUCUUGAAGGUGGGGUGAUUUAAAGAAAUUAAUUGUUAUAGCAUGAACAUUUUCAAAACCCCUGCACUUGGGAAAGGGAUAGUUGCUCACAUUAUUCAUUAAUAAUAAUUCUUAAUAGAGCUCAUCUCUCAACGUUAAUCUCAAAGGGCACCAGAUCGAUGUAUUCAGCUGUUAAAAUUCAAUUUUUCUUCUAUCUUGCCGGCCGACUGGAUCUACCUGACCGGUCCCAUUCGACUGGAACUAUCUGGCAGGCUAGCUGUUACCAGUUACCAUCUGGCCAGCCGGCCGUCCAGUCACAUCUGUCCGACCGACUGGAUCUACCUGACCGGUCCCAUUCGCCUGGAACUAUCUGGCAGGCUAGCUGUUACCAGUUACCAUCUGGCCAGCCGGCCAUCCAGUCACAUCUGUCCGACCGACUGGAUCUACCUGACCGGUCCCAUUCGACUGGAACUAUCUGGCAGGCUAGCUGUUACCAGUUACCAUCUGGCCAGCCGGCCGUCCAGUCACAUCUGUCCGACCGACUGCUCCUUCCAAGCCGUCAACUAGUCCGGCUGACCGAUCCCAUCUCUCUGGCCGGGCCGACGGGUCCAUUCUCGCUGGCCGGCUGGUACUCUCUGGUUAUAGCCUCUCUAAAAACAAUUGCCUAGCUGUGGAUUGUGUGUAGCCCAGUAACAAGGCUUGCCUACAGUCGGGAACAUGCAGCAGAUCUAUCUGGGAACAGCAUAAACACACUUACGACAAAACAGGCCUUUCGCAAUAUUUCAAAUACCAUCGCCGGAAAACCGGUUGGAAAACAAAUGGCUCCUGCUGAAAAUAGAAGUCUCUAAUCUGUCUGAUGUUAGCUACCAAAAUAUUUGAUCAAAUUCCAAAUAGGUAUAUAGUGCGAACAUUUACUUUGUAAAACAAUAGAGAUCUAGGCUUUUGGCACAAGGGCAUCGGCCAUCUCUGUUGCUGUCAAGUGAGCUGCGCAUUGUUGUGUGAAUCCGUUAGUACGGUUACAUGCACACACAAUGAAAUGAUUGUGGAUAGUCAGAUUUAAUAUGGUUUGUUUAAAACUGAGUGAUAGGAAGCACUAGCACCACCACCAAUCAGCCUACACCAAUGUGAACACAUAUUGUUACUAUGACAACUAGCAUAGCCAUGUCAGCAAAUUACUGCUGUCUGAACACACAUCCGAUUUGAUCAUUUGUAACUUGGUGUUUUGGACAGUCUGUAUUCCACAACGGGUUUCAAAAACCAAACUGAUUUGAGCUUUAAGGCCUGCAGUGUGAAAUGCUUCAUUUUCUCAUAGUAUAGCCUACAAUAUGUGUCUCCACACACCUAGGUCUAGACUAUUGAUGGAUUCAAGACAAGGUUGUUGUUAUUGAUCUCAGAUUCGAUCAUUUGUGCGAUAUAAAACGUCUCCAGUCAUGUAAAAUGAUGUAAAAUUGCAUGAAGUGCUUUCAUAAAAGGCCAAAUAUUUCCCGGACCUAGGCUACUAAAAAUACGUUGAUAUCCUACCCUCUUUUCAUAUCUUUAGGAGGCACUGUAACUAACUUGCUUAUUUUGAUGAGUGUGUUUCAGAAAUAAAUAGCCCUCUGAUCAAAAAUGUACAAAUGUUCACUACACAGGAAGUUAGUAUGUUAUACAUUUCGAGAUAUGAAUUAUGAAAGCCCCCACGUAAAUCAAAUUAGCAUAAUAUAAAAAUCCAUAAUUUUAAACUAGAGAUGUUUUUUGCAUUGGAUGCGUCUCAAUCCACCGCAUCUUCUGAUGUUGCACUGCCACAUCUGUGGUGAAAGGUGACGGAGGUAGAGUGGUGUUUGUCAGACCAUGAGACAUCCUGAAAAUCGCUCUUCUCAAAAAAUUCUCUAUGGCGUCCGAACAAACUAUUAGGACCCUUCUAUGGAAAGAUAUCACAAGCACAAACACGAUGGUGUUCGCCGUUUUGGGGACUUGUCUGAAGUCGGUACAGCCAAUCUGCAAACUUCUGUCUGUAGCGUCUGAACAGUUUGGGCUACACACUAAUAUGACCCCUAUGUGGAAAGGUGAGACUCUCACGAAUACAUACAUGUUGGUUAUUAGGCCUCACAAGACACGUCUGAAGGUCGCCCAGUGAAACAGUUUAAUAAAUGUAUGGAAGCAUAUUGUAUAUGGAGACUGUUUUAGUGCCAAAAGUAAAAUUCCUUUUGAAGUGUGUGUCACAUAUCUGAGAGAUAUCAGAUAUAUGACACACACUUCAAAACAAACUUCCUUUAGAUUUUUUGGGGGGGAACUCUCUCUGUUUUUUACAUAUUGUUUUGAUUCUUCAAGGGAUCUUAAAAUUCCAAAUCAAAUAGCAAAAUGGUUCUUGGUAUGACCUUCUUAAAACAAUUCCAUAUAGCUUAGUAGAACCCCCCCCCUUCCCCCUGCCUAUGUCGACAUAAAAAGGCUGUUCUUUGCAGAGUAUAGAGGGUGUCAAUGAAGUCGGUGAGAAUCAAGUCCUUUCUCAUUGCUGUCCAUCAGGGGGCACUGUGGCCCUUCAGAACCACCUCGCCUAAUAAAUAAAGUAACUCCCUUGAAACAGCUCUGAGGCAUAAUUUCCUUGGUCAAAGCAUACAAUGUUUUUGGCAUAAUGCAAGCAGGAGUAAUAUCAAGCAAGCAAAUAGGUGAUUUCUUGUGAAGCAAAAAUAUCUGAUACACAAAGAAGAAUAUUAAACAUGUAUUUUCAUACUGUUGUUGAAGCUAUUAUGCUGAACAAAAUAUAGUGUUGCAGUAUGGCCCAUGGUUACUCUAAUGUAGAACUUUUGGAUUGCAGAGAAAAAAGAGAGGUGAAAAGCAAGUGUGAGGGGAGGAUGUGCAGGUUUAUCCAUUGCCGAUUGUGGGUGACUUGCAAGGGUGGAUAGUGAACAACUUAUGUUUCCCAUUGUAAUUACCUCACCGCACACCUCUUGUGAGUCACUUGUUUGCACAUUCUCUUUUACUAAGCUAUGUGCUUAGCUACAUGUAAAACAAGAGGAGGGGAUUGCAGGAUGCGAUGGAGAAAGAGGGUGAAAAAGAGGAUGGGAUGUAGUAGACAAUAUGAGGAUGGAAAAAGAAAAGUGAGGGAAAGGGCAAUAAGGGUAGAGAGGAAUAAUGGGAUGAAGGAGAGAGAGAGAAGGGCGGCAAACAAAGGGCUUCGUGAUUAACCUUCGCUCUGUAGGAGACCCAGUGAAAUCAGUCAUGACUUUCUUUAGGUUGGAAGAGAAGGGAAGACCAGUUACACACUAUACUGUGAUGGCUGUGACUGGCUUAGACGUUGCAGAUCUGACCAACACCAUAUACCUGAUGGCUUCACAAUAGAAACUAAGUCCGUUCAACAUGACAGUCUCAGCUUCAUAUAUUUAUUAACAUCGGCUAACAAUCUGAACUGUUAAAAGCUGAACAUGGUUCGUGCAAAUGUCUUCCUUAGAUACACAUUUGAGUCAUUGCUAUUGUAACAAGCAAUGUGAUUGCAGCCCAUGAUUAUGACUACUGAAAUGACCUCUUCCAUUGCUGUGACGAGCAGGCAGUUUAGCAGUCACUAAGUAACAUACAUUCCCACUCGUGUGCCAGUUUUGUGCUGAAUCAACUCUCCUACACACACUAAAGCUAAUUAAUGCUGUAGCUUUGCUGGUUAAUUGGGGCCCUAAACAAUCGGAAAGCACAUUGCCCCCUUGAUACAAGCUUUCUUUACAAUAGGAGCAUUUGUUAAUUCCAAAUCCAGCCUCUGUUCAUUCUCAUUCCCUACCCCUCUUUCUUUUUCUGUCUCUGUAACCCCCUCUCUCUUUUAUUUACCACUCUCUCUUGCACUCUCUCCCCCUGCCAUCUCUCUGUGCCACCCCCAUCUCCACCCCCCUCUCUACCUCAUAAGAGCAGUGAAGGUAAAGAUGGCUGACAUGUGUUGUGUCCUUGCCUACUGCUCCACCCUCUUCCCAGUCUACUGCUCCACCCUCCUCCCAGUCUACUGCUCCACCCUCUUCCCAGUGUACUGCUCCACCCUCUUCCCAGUCUACUGCUCCACCCUCCUCCCAGUCUACUGCUCCACCCUCCUCCCAGUCUACUGCUCCACCCUCCUCCCAGCCUACUGCUCCACCCUCCUCCCAGCCUACUGCUCCACCCUCCUCCCAGUCUGCUGCUCCACCCUCCUCCCAGUCUGCUGCUCCACCCUCCUCCCAGUCUGCUGCUCCACCCUCCUCCCAGUCUGCUGCUCCACCCUCCUCCCUGCCUGUUUCUUCACCCUCCUCCCUGCCUGCUGCUCCACCCUCCUCCCUGCCUGCUGCUCCACCCUCCUCCCUGCCUGCUGCUCCACCCUCCUCCCCGCCAGCUGCUCCACCCUCCUCCCCGCCUGCUGCUCCACCCUCCUCCCCGCCUGCUUCUCCACCCUCCUCCCCGCCUGCUUCUCCACCCUCCUCCCAGCCUACUGCUCCACCCUCCUCCCAGUCUGCUUCUCCACCCUCCUUCCAAUCUGCUUCUUCACCCUCCUCCCCGCCUGCUGCUCCACCCUCCUCCCGCCUGCUGCUCCACCCUCCUCCCCGCCUGCUGCUCCACCCUCCUCCCCGCCUGCUGCUCCCCCUCCUCCCCGCCUGCUUCUCCACCCUCCUCCCCGCCUGCUUCUCCACCCUCCUCCCAGCCUACUGCUUCACCCUCCUCCCAGCCUGCUGCUCCACCCUCCUCCCAGCCUACUGCUCCACCCUCCUCCCAGUCUGCUGCUCCACCCUCCUCCCAGCCUGCUGCUCCACCCUCCUCCCAGCCUACUGCUCCACCCUCCUCCCAGCCUGCUGCUCCACCCUCCUCCCAGCCUACUGCUCCACCCUCCUCCCAGCCUGCUGCUCCACCCUCCUCCCAGCCUACUGCUCCACCCUCCUCCCAGCCUGCUGCUCCACCCUCCUCCCAGCCUACUGCUCCACCCUCCUCCCAGUCUGCUGCUCCACCCUCCUCCCAGUCUGCUGCUCCACCCUCCUCCCAGCCUGCUGCUCCACCCUCCUCCCAGCCUACUGCUCCACCCUCCUCCCAGUCUGCUGCUCCACCCUCCUCCCAGCCUACUGCUCCACCCUCCUCCCAGCCUGCUGCUCCACCCUCCUCCCAGCCUACUGCUCCACCCUCCUCCCUGCCUGCUGCUCCACUCUGCCUCCAGGUUCUGGCACCAAUUAAAGCCUUAAACAACCAUCAAACUAAAGCAACACGCAGGGGCCAACAAUGCCACAUCCCACGUGUGAGGACUUUCAGAAAUGUGGAGAGCGAGAGCAGGGGGCAGGAGGGGGAAGAAGGUGUGUACUUGUGUAUGUGUUCAUGAGAGAAAUAAAUCAAAUCUGGGUACGUUUAUGGGUCUACGCACAAGCUUUGAAAACAGAACUGAAUCAAUUCAGAGGUCACACAUUUAUUUUCUUUACAGAUCUUACAUUUACAUUUACAUUUAAGUCAUUUAGCAGACGCUCUUACAAUGUUGGUUAUAAAUUGCCUUUAACACCCAUGUAACUUUAAAGGAUAAACACAGUCUCUCUCUCUUUCUCUCUUUCUGAGACACAUGCAUGCACACACACUAGCUCCGGGGGUCUAAAGCAUGGCUAGAACAGCAGGUCCUUCUAGUGCUUGUUUUCAUUAUUGAUCCCUGCAAUAUUGACCAGGGGAGUGUGUAUCAGUGAGGCCAUUCUCCCAGCUGGCUGUAUCUCUUCAAUGAUCAUGUCAAUGUUCCAGGCUAUCAUCUCAUUGUUCCAGGCUAUCACAUUCAAUAAGUACACAUGGAUAUACUUCCACACAAAGCAGGCAUGCAGAAAGUGAUACACCGUCACCCAUAAAGCCUCACUCAUACCACACUCACACAUACAACCUAAUUCAUGCAGUGUCAUUCAUAGACCCUCACUCAAGGCUUUCUUGUCUACCGAAGAAAACAUUUACCAUGGAUUCAAAUGUCUAUCUGAGAAAUGUAUUUUAAUGUAAACCAAUCAGGGUUUAGGCCUGGCCAUGACACUAUUACAGCAACCACUUUAGUUGUUGAUGAUUGUCACAACUUCCACCAAAGGUGGUUCCUCUCCUUGUUCGGCCGGUGCUCGGCGGUCGGCGUUGCCAUCCUACUAGCCAUCACGAUACAGUUGUAUUUUUCUGUUUGUUUUGUCUUUGGUUCAUUCACACCUGGUUUUCAUUUGCUUUCAUUUCUGUGUGUAUAUUUACCCCUGUUUCCCGCUUAGGUUUGUGUGGGAUUAUUUUCAUGUUGCUCGUUGAAGUUUUCCUCCGUUUAUUCACGUGUGUACAGUGUUGUAGGAAAAGUAAGGAGCGUUGUUUUUCUCCUUCCGUGAGUGACUGUGUGUUCCCAUGUCUUGGGCGUUUAUUUGGUAUUGUACCUGACCCAUUUUUGGACUUGCCUAUUAAAGACGCUACUUUGACA